GCCAUUUUUCAACCCCCACCAGCCUUCACUCUAUGGCGGGGCAUGCCUCUUGAGCCCAGUGAUCGCAUGUUUGAGUGACCUACACAAUCCUUCCAACAAUGGCCGAAGACCCAGCAGAAGUUGAGAGACUCAUUCUCUCACUGUACCAACCGAAUCCUCCCGAAGUGAUUGCUCAGACACAAGCAACCUUAUCUCGUCUUCAAGGGACUCCUGAAGCUUGGGGUCUUGCACGUAUCUUAUUGGAGAAGCCUGAUCAACAGGUCAAGUUCUUUGGCGCACUCACCAUCGUCAUCAAACUCAAUAAUGAGAGCUCAUCCCUUUCACCUGAAGAUGCAUCCGAGCUGUUACUAUUAUUGAUAAAUCACUACCUUGAUACGCUGCGCAGCCGAAGCUCGCCGUUGGUUGCCCGGAAACUUGCAUCAGCCCUUGCGACUUUCUUCAUCAACUUUCACCAACUAUGGAGUCGUUUCAUCCGACAUCUCAUAUUCUGUUUAGUCUCAGGCCAAUCGUGUCUACCAAAUGCCCUCGAUGAAGUACCCGAUACGGUUUCGCUUAUGGAGCGCAUGGAGCCAUCACAAGCACAGGCUGCUCUUUGGGUAUUGACGAACGUUUUCGAUGAGGUUGCCAAGAUCAACCUGAACUCCGUGCAAAAUAUUGGUAUCUAUGGUUCCAUCUUGGAGAAUAGCUCCGAUGCAGUGGCUUUGAUGAGUCGCAGCAUGUCACCGCAAACGACAACUGAAGAAGCCCAUGAAGACGCAAUCCGAUGCCUACAGUCGUGGGUUUGGUUCGCUCAAAAGUCAUCGUCCAAGGAUACAAGACUCUCAGAACCCAUCGGACCCUUGAUCACAGCAGUAAUCACCUCCUUGACAGUCGACGAACUUUACAGCGUAUCAGUCGAACUAAUGGUAGAUCUGUUAUCCAACUGUUUAAUGUUCCUGAGCGAUACCCAUUUCGCCAACCUUGCUCAACUCUUUGACUCCCCCUGGUCUCAAGGUCGCUAUGAGAAACUAGUGCAAGGAGACUUUGAGUUUGACUCUCUACAAUACGGCUUGCUCCUGUUGGCCUUUGGAGAGGCGAAGAUUGAGAGAUUCAUGCAAAGCGAUGACAGCAGGAGUCAGAAACUGCUCUCAAAUCUAUGCGGUCUACUCGCUGCUCGAGGUUAUGUUAUUGAGGAAGACAGGAUCUUUGUCCCAGCUCUCGAGUUCUGGCUGACUUAUGCUGAGACCUUGACUGAUCUAACGUAUUCAGAUGAGGAGUCAACUGGAACCUGGGUUCCCCGAGCUCGUUCCCACCUUCUGCAAGCUGUUUCGAAUGCAUGGCAGAAAAUCACAUACCCACCUGCUGAAGAAUUCCACUCGUGGGAUUCGAACGAACGGAUAAGUUUCCAUGAAGCAAGAAAGGAUGUAGUCGAUCUUCUUCAGUCCGUCUUUACAUUGGUAGGACCACAGCUCGUGUCUACCUUUGCGGACCUUGUUCUGAAAGCUUUGUCUGAUUCGUCGUGGCCUCAACUCGAAGCAGCGGCCUUUUGUUUGGGUGGUCUUGCCGAUUGCAUCAGCGAGACAAACAGAGGUGACGAUGCGCUGUCCGUGGUUUUCAAGUCAUCCCUGUUCGCGAUCUUACGUUCAGGCCAGUCCGAGAUUCCUCCUAAGGUUCAGCAAACGUGCGUCUCUCUGAUUGCCCGCUACACAGAGUACUUCGAGCGCAACGUUUCUGAGCUACACCCCGUGCUGAACUUCAUCUUUGGCGUGGUCGGAGAACAUGCAAUGGCCAACGCCGCAGCAAAGUCCAUUCACAGGUUAUGCGGUUCCUGUCGCGGAUAUCUUCAUACAGAAGCCAACAGCUUUCUCAACGAGUAUCAGAGCCUAGUAUCCGGAAGACGGCUUGACUGCGGCGCUAGCGAGAAGGUAGUCGGUGGUAUUGCAUCAGUCAUUCAAGCGAUGCCUGAUUCAAACCCGAAAUAUUCAGCGUGUGGUCGCCUUCUCGAGUUUGUUCAGACUGAUGUCCAGCGUUCUCUGGACCUUCUAAGAUCCUACGACGGCAGCCCUAUGCCAUGCUGUGCUGUUUACACCUGCUCAUAUGCUGCCCCUGAUGAGAGUCCUGCCCUUCACACCGCACUGAAGUCUCUGAGAUGCCUGGCCAGCAUUGGGAAAGGUCUCCAAGCCCCAGCCGAGCUAUCAGUUGAUCUGGAGAGUAGCAGGGCCAGCACUCUAGUCGUGGAUCCUCAUCUUGCUCAGCUUCAAGGAAGCAUCAUGUCGAUGAUCAGCCAGAUUCAAGAGGCCUUCAACACCAGCGGUGAGGUUGUUGAGCUCAUCUGCAGUGUCCUACGCAGUGGGUUUUCAGAAUCUGAACCUGGUCCCUUUGUACUGCCACCACAGAGCGUUGCACAGUAUUUGACGAACCAGAAUCUUCAAACACCAAGAGUUGGCCUGCUCGUCAAGACUGCUUGCUCUUUCGUCAGCUCCCUUGAACAUGAUGGACUCGACAACCAGCAAGACAUGUUAAACUCUGUGCUUCUCUGGGUAAUUGGAUUGCUCAAACAGCUACCCAGUAGGUUCCGCGACCUAGCGUUCCGUACUUAGCUAACCGUCAACUUUACAAUAGACUACGAGGUAGACACCGAACUUACACAAAACGGCAUUGACUUCGUAACACGCCUUUUAAACAAGCGCCCCAUUACUUUACUUCGUCUCCAGCCUUCCGACGCUGCCGAAUUCUUCUUUCUCUUCACCCUUCAGGUAUUGGACGGAAAGGAGCCACUCCCGAAAGCAAGUGCAGCAGAGUUCUGGGCUACCUUUGUCAGCAUUAAGUAUGAUUCUCAAGAACUCAAUGAUGUUGCCCAGCAAGCUAUGCAAAUGCUGGGACCUUUGCUCUCGCGGACUCUUGCUAGAAACCUUGGGGGCAAUGCUUCCAGAAGUGAGCUUGACAAGUUGAGCGAGCCCCUCAAGAAGCUGGUAUCUCGGUACCCCAUGGCCAAGAGCUGGCUUGAGGCUGGUCUCACACAUGAGACCUUUCCUAGUACAAAGGUUACCCCUCAGGACAAAUCGAUGUUCUUGAAGAAGAUCAUUAGUCUUAGGGGAGCCAAGGCGACAAAUCAGGUUGUCAGAGACUUUUGGCAGUCGGCGCGAGGCUCAAAUUUUGCUUACGCCUCAUGAAUAGAACAGGGGUUAAAAUAAUUCAAUAGAAGGACAAGUUAGAUCAAAUACUAGGAUGGUUAGAACAAAAUGAACACAUGAAGAUACCUUGGGCAUGAGAGUUUGGGGACAUUGCUUAUCCUGCAAAUACAUAUCAUAAUAUGGAAAGAUGAAUCUUCACAAAAUGAUCUUCAUAUUAACUUCAUAACGAUCUUGGUGUGAUCAGUUGGGUGCGUUGAUCUAUUAGUAUCCCGCUACCAUCUCUUUUAAAAGACACAGCUCGUCGUCUCCUAACCAUAGUUUUCAAAGCAGCAAGUCUAAUGUACAAAUGAUUUACGUGGAAUUUUUUUAUAGCCCAACAGCCUCUCGGACAACCUGCAUGGUUUCCUUAGCACUUUUGCGUGCCUUUUCAGCGCCAAUCGCCUCGAUCGAAUCAAGGUACCCAUCCCCCUUUUUCAGCAGCUCAGUAUAUCGGUCCCUAAUCCCAUCUAAACCACCAAUGACGGCAUCACUAACCAUCUCCUUGAGCUGCUUCGGUGAAAGAUCAUUGU